AUGACAUUGAAGACAAAGGUCCGGGAAACCGGUUCCGAAAAUUUUACUCCAACUCUAAAAAAUCAUGGGAUGGCGAAUAAGAAAAGGGUUCCGAAAGGCAUCAUAAGCAGUUCAGAGAACAGUGUAGGAAGAAAAGUAUUCAUGGCGCAUCUAUUUCCUUGUAUGAAAAAAUUCUUCCCCAUAUUUGAUAUAAAAUAUUUGAUAACAAAAAGAGAAGAAAUGAAAACGAAUGGAACUUCUAACGGAAAGAAAUGUGAUAUUUACAGGUUCAAGACAACUGCUAUCACAAAUUUGCAUCAUGCGCUUGGGAAAUUGGCAUGCGAUGUUUCACAACUUUCAUCAGCUGAUGUUGAAGUUAUAGUCAAUAUACAAUUUAAACAGAAUACCACGUACGUACGGUUUUCUAAAUACCAUCAUAAUGAGUUUGGAAAAGAGAAAGUAACGAUGUCAAAACAAUAG